CAACUGUCCCCGGACUUCUGCUUGAGUUAGUCCCUAGCCCAAGUACCCUGUGAAUUCAACGUCUAUUCCCUGGAGAUGAAGUCAAAGAGAUCCCUUGCCAUGGCAAAUGGAAACCAGCUGGAACAAAAGUGCUGCCCCGCUGACAAGAGCUGUGACAGUCAUGGCGAAGGCUGCCCCUCUCAGCAGAAAUCAGCUGAAAAAAUGUCUGGAGACAUGGACGAGCCCCUAAUUUCUUGUCAGCUUGUGGAGAGCAACCCCAACCUCAUAGAGAUUCCCAGCCAGUCCCAGACAGUGGGCAUCCUGGGCAGUGGUGACUUUGCCCGUUCUUUGGCCACACGCCUAGUGGGCUCAGGCUUCAGAGUCAUUGUUGGGAGCCGCAACCCAAAAAGAACAGCAGGGUUGUUUCCUGCUGCAGCCCAGGUAAUCUUGCAAGCAGAGGCUGUGAGCACACCUGAAAUCAUCUUUGUGGCCAUGUACCGAGAGCACUACUCUACGCUCAGUAGCUUGAGUGACCUGCUGGUGGGCAAGAUCCUUGUGGAUGUGAGCAACAGCACGGAGAAGGAGCACCUCCAGCAGCGGGAGUCUAAUGCCGAAUACCUUGCUUCCCUCUUCCCUAGCUGCACGGUUGUCAAGGCCUUCAAUGUCAUCUCUGCCUGGUCCCUGCAGUCUGGUCCAAAAGAUGGGAACAAACAGGUGCUAAUUUCCGGAGAUCAGCAGAAAGCGAAAUAUAAAGUCUCAGAGAUAGCCCGAGCCAUGGGCUUCAUCCCGGUAGACAUGGGGUCACUGGCAUAUGCCAAGGAGAUUGAGGCUAUCCCCCUCCGACUCCUCCCCAAGUGGAAGAUUCCAGCCAUCUUGGCCCUCGGGCUCUUUAUCUGCUUCUAUACCUAUAACUUCAUCCGGGAUGUGUUACAACCAUAUAUCCAAGAGCGCAAGAACAAGUUUUAUAAACUCCCCCUCUCGGUGGUCAAUACCACCUUGCCCUGCGUGGCGUACGUCAUGCUGUCCCUGGUGUACCUCCCCGGGGUCCUGGCCGCCGCCCUGCAGCUCUACUGGGGCACCAAAUACAGCCGAUUUCCUGACUGGCUCGACCACUGGCUCCAGCACCGCAAACAGAUCGGCCUCCUCAGUUUCUUCUGUGCCUCUCUGCAUGCUGUCUACAGCUUCUGCCUGCCUUUGCGACGCUCCAGUCGUUACCUGAUUAUCAAUGAAGCCGUCAAGCAGGUCUUGGCAAACAAGAGCAAUAUAUGGAAUGAGGAGGAAGUCUGGAGAAUGGAGAUUUAUAUCUCACUGGGAAUCCUGGCCCUAGGCAUUCUGUCACUGCUGGCCAUCACCUCAUUGCCUUCUAUCUCAAAUUCUCUCAACUGGAGGGAGUUCACUUUUGUUCAGUCCACCCUUGGGUUCCUGGCCCUUGUUGUUAGUACCUUUCACACACUCACCUAUGGCUGGACAAGAGCCUUUGCUGACAGCCGCUACUUACCUCCCACCUUCACACUUACACUGCUGGUGCCAUGUGUGGUUAUCCUGGCCAAGGGGAUAUUUCUUUUGCCCUGUCUACGCCAUCGACUGGCAAGGAUCAGAAGAGGUUGGGAGAAGAAAACGACAGUCAAGUUUGUGUUGCCUACUGACUACCCCCACACUGAAAAAACAAGCCACGUGUAAAUUUCGUGUUCUCUAUGGGACAAACCUGUGAUACUUCAUGCACUAUGAAUACCUUAGGGCUUUUUUUUUUCCUUAAUUGUGCAAUUUGAUAGAAUUGUGGAUAAAUAUGAAUUUUGUUUUAAAUUCCCAGUAAUUUUUAUGCAGUAAUAUUCAAGAUGUGCAUAUAUAUAUGUAUAUAUGGAACUUAUUAGAAUUAUGGUUAGCAAAAACAAAAAAGUAAAGCCACUGAGAUUUUAAUAUCUAGCUUUAAAAAUUCCAGAUGCUAGCAGGACAACAGAUCACAAUACUCUUAUGACUGUAUAUGCAGAAAAGUACAAAUGUAGGCAUAAUCAUAUAUAUAUUUAUAGCAAAGGCAGGGAGGUAAAAUGUGUAUGCACAAUUAUUGCUCUGAUCAAUUUGGUUUAUUCCCUCCGCUGCUUCCAAAGGUUUUACCUUUUACCUUAAGUUGUAAAAAUAACAUACCUAAAACACAGUUAAAACGGUAUUGUUAGCUGCAGUUCUCCCUGGUAUGGCUUCAAAGAUGUAGGAUCAAAAUUAUAAACCAAGUAAUGAACAUCUCAGAAUGCAACUUUUCCAGGCUCAUGCAGUAUCAGACAUCAAGAAAAGUGCUAUUGACUUCACGGUCCUCUCCCCAGAAGAUCGUCUUCAGCUAAUAAAGGGAUGCUGACAGGAGAUGACUGUGGGUAAACUGGAGAGAAGAGAAAUAUCAUCCUUUGCUCUGGGGGGGAGGAGGGGGGAGAAGAGUGAGCAUGGGGGAUUUGGAACUGGAGAUCUAAUCCAUCUCCUGGUUGGUGAAGAUUUCUUUCUGAAAGUCAGAAAUCACCAUUGGCAGCUGCAAAUUGAUUAUCAUGCAGAAGUGUGAAGUCUCUCCCUUAGCACAGCAGCUAAUGAACACAAUUCUGAGUAGAAGCAUAAUUUCCUUUCCUUCCUUUAAGUUUCUGGUGACCAUUGUGCCUUCUCACUUUUGAGAACAUUAUUUUGAUUCUCUCUCAAGAAGAUAUAAAAACACCCAUCUGGAAACUCAGGUCGGGGGGUGGGAGUGGUCCCAACUUUGGAGUUUUUCUCCACUAUAUUGGUCAUGUGUGCAGCAUCCAUAUGCACACACAUAUUGGGUGAGUUUUACAGUGAUAGGUGUUAAAGCUGUACAGAGUAGCUGCUGUACAACAGAAUAACUGUUGCUAAAAACUGCUGGCAAACCACACUUGCUGAUUUUCUUUUAAUGAGAGAACUAUUUUUUUUUUUUUUCAAAUUGCUAGAAGGGUGUUUUUGUUUUUUUUUUUUUUUUUUCUGCCAGGGUUCCAAAUGUGAGGUGUUGUGCCUAAAAGUACAAAGUAAAAGUACAAGGUUUGGAACCUUGCCCAGGGCUGUAGGAUAUUUACCAUCAAACCAUAUGCCAUCUCUUAUGGAUUAGUAUUAAAAAGCUUUUUCAUAUUCCCAGCAAAGGAAACGGAAUAAGAGGUGGGGGAGGAGGGUAGUGAUAAGGAGAAAAGUGUUCUUUUAGAAGCCAAGCUCUCUGUCUUUUGACAGUCAACAAAUUUCCCAUCAGGAAAACAUGAUUUUUGAACAGCAAGGGGAAAAAAACCUGUAGUAUCAGAAGCAAAGGAAUCAGUAUUCUACCAUACUGAUGCAAGAUAUUUGGUUCUGGUAUGUUGCCUGAGUCUGUGGAAGCAGGCUCAAGUUUAUGACCUUUAUGAGAAAGAAACCACAGACUUAUUAGUGGCCAAAAAUGGAGAAAAAUCUGUCCAAUUUAUUGGAACACCCCCAUCAUGAGGAUGGGCAUCAUUUCCAAACUAGCCUGUGAAGCAAGUAAGACGUUGCCUUCUCUCACUCCUAGAGAUGUUCCAUGAUUUACAUCUAUGUAGUGCAUUAUAAUCCUUAGGAAAAAAAAUAACUGGUGACCUGAUUAGGCCAGUUACCAUGAUGAAAAAGGAAGUCUUUGCAAAGUCACUUCUUGGCAAAUAAUUGAACAUCUGCUAGCACUGGGCUAAGUGGUAGAAAUCUGCCUCAAGAUGACUUCCACUCUGAUAGAUGUAUCAGUGAAUGAAGAUGACUAAAUGACAAGUUUUAUCAUUUGGUUGGUAUAGUUAGGAACCAUCAACUCCAUGUUAAUAAGGUACAGGGAGAACAUAGAAACAUGAAAUCUACCAAUAAUCUGAAAACCUCAUUAGAUACUGUUUUUAUGUUUUUCACCUUUAAAAUAAUUGCUGACAAGUAGCAGAAUGAUUUCUACUUCUUCCUCCCCCUAACACUUAUUGCAAUAGGUGCUAAUGUGCAAUGAAAUGCCUGAAAGGUAAGCAGUGGUGGGGAAGCAAGCAAAGAACCAGGAAAAUCCACAAUUUAGAUAAUCAGCUUUUGAACGAUAGACUUGGCUGUUUGUUUAUUCUUGGCCUUUGUCUACUGCUCCUUUUCCCUACCUCACCAGGACACUGAUUAUUUCAUUGUCAAGACAGCAAGUCACCUCAGUUAACAGCCUCAUCUUUUUUAUGUGCCUAUAGGUAAAAAUGUGCCUGAACAAGCUCCUGAAAUCCUAAAUGUCACAAUAUAAGGUUUACUUUUCCAAUCUAUGCUAUUUAAAAUCUAUACUUUGUUUUUACUUUAUAGAAAACAUUUAAGAAGCAGUGACAAUAAACAAAAGAUUCUGAUGAA